CCAAAGAAGGAGGGCGCAAGCCCGGCUGAGGCGGUGGCUGGCGGAGACUGACCCGGAGGGGCGGGGGCGGCGUGGAGGAGGCAGAGGCCGGCGGUCAGCUCCGCUCCAGCUCGGUUGCCAUGUCCCGCCAGGCGAAGGACGACUUUCUGCGGCACUACACCGUCUCCGAUCCCCGGACCCACCCCAAAGGCUACACCGAAUAUAAAGUGACGGCGCAGUUCAUCUCAAAGAGGGACCCAGAGGAUGUCAAAGAGGUGGUGGUCUGGAAGCGGUACAGCGACUUCCGCAAGCUGCAUGGAGACCUGGCCUACACCCACCGCAACCUCUUCCGCCGCCUGGAGGAGUUCCCGGCCUUCCCCCGUGCCCAAGUGUUUGGCCGGUUCGAGGCCUCAGUGAUUGAGGAGCGGCGGAAGGGGGCCGAGGACCUGCUUCGCUUCACGGUGCACAUCCCUGCACUCAACAACAGCCCCCAGCUCAAGGAGUUCUUCCGGGGUGGGGAGGUAACCCGGCCCUCUGACAUGUCCAGGGACCUACACAUCCUGCCACCCCCUCUGAUCCCCACACCGCCCCCUGAGGAACCCUGGUUGCCCCAGCCGCUCCCUGCAGAGAGGAGAGGCCUUGAGGAACUGGAGGUGCCAGCGGAUCCCCCACCAUCCAGCCCUGCCCAGGAGGCCCUGGAUCUCCUCUUUAACUGUGGGAGCACCGAGGAGGCAUCCGGUUCCCCUGCCCGAGGCCCCCUCACAGAGGCUGAGCUUGCCCUCUUCGACCCCUUCUCCAGGGAAGAAGGUGCGGGCCCCAGUCCAACCCACCUGGGUGAGCUGGCAGCAAUGGAGGCGGAGUCUGAAAGGCUGGACCAGGAACCCUGGGAGCCUGGAGGGCAGGAGGAGGAAGAGGAGGAGGAAGAACGGCCCGUCCCUGCAUAUCUGAGCCAAGCCACAGAGCUCAUCACCCAGGCUCUGCGGGACGAGAAGGCAGGUGCCUACCCUGCAGCCUUGCAGGGCUAUCGGGACGGCGUGCACAUCCUGCUACAGGGGGUUCCCGGUGACCCAUCACCUGCCCGCCGGGAGGGUGUGAAGAAGAAGGCAGCUGAAUAUCUAAAGCGGGCAGAAGAAAUUUUGCACCUGCAUCUGUCCCAACUCCCCCCGUGAGAGGACGUGAACCCCUACCCAGGACGAGCUCCAGCACUGCCAGCUGCUCCCUUUUACUGUCCCUGGGGCCUGGCCCUAUAUCCUGGUCUUGUAACUCUAGGGGUCAUUUCUGUAUGUAACUGGACCAAGAAUGAGACAAAUAAUGAAUUUGAAGCUCCUUGACCACA